AUGAACGCCCACCCCAAGGAGAUGGUGCCUCUCGUAGGCAGGAGAGUCGCCGCCCCCAGUGGGAACCCCGCUGUCCUGCCAGAGAAGAGGCCGGCGGAGGUCACCCCCACGAAGAAGAGUGCACACUUCUUCCUGGAGAUCGAAGGGUUUGAGCCCAACCCCACUGUCGCCAAGACCUCGCCCCCCAUCUUCUCCAAGCCCAUGGACUCCAACAUCCGGCAGUGCAUCUCUGGCAACUGUGAUGACAUGGACUCUCCCCAGUCUCCUCAGGAUGAUGUGACAGAGACCCCGUCCAACCCCAACAGUCCAAGUGCAAACCUGGCCAAGGAAGAGCAGAGGCGGAAGAAGAAGCGGCUGAAGAAGCGCAUCUUCGCGGCCGUGUCUGAGGGCUGCGUGGAGGAGCUGGUGGAGCUGCUGGUGGAGCUGCAGGAGCUUUGCAAGCGGCGCCGUGGCCUGGACGUGCCUGACUUCCUCAUGCACAAGCUGACAGCGUCGGACACGGGGAAGACCUGCCUGAUGAAGGCCUUGUUAAACAUCAACCCCAACACCAAGGAGAUCGUGCGCAUCCUGCUUGCCUUCGCCGAGGAGAACGACAUCCUGGACAGGUUCAUCAACGCUGAGUACACAGAGGAGGCCUACGAAGGGCAGACGGCGCUGAACAUCGCCAUCGAGCGGCGGCAGGGCGACAUCACCGCGGUGCUCAUCGCGGCGGGCGCCGACGUCAACGCCCACGCCAAGGGGGUCUUCUUCAACCCCAAGUCCCUGCACGAAGGCUUCUACUUCGGCGAGACACCCCUGGCCCUGGCGGCCUGCACCAACCAGCCCGAGAUCGUGCAGCUGCUGAUGGAGUACGAGCAGACCGACAUCACCUCCCAGGACUCACGGGGAAACAACAUCCUGCACGCGCUGGUGACGGUGGCCGAGGACUUCAAGACGCAGAACGACUUUGUUAAGCGCAUGUACGACAUGAUCCUGCUGAGGAGUGGCAACUGGGAACUGGAGACCAUGCGCAACAACGACGGCCUCACGCCGCCCCAGCUGGCCGCCAAGAUGGGCAAGGCCGAGAUCCUGAAGUACAUCCUGAGCCGUGAGAUCAAGGAGAAGCCGCUCCGGAGCCUGUCCCGGAAGUUCACCGACUGGGCGUACGGGCCCGUGUCCUCCUCGCUCUACGACCUCACCAACGUGGACACCAUGACGGACAACUCGGUGCUGGAAAUCAUUGUCUACAACACCAACAUCGAUAACCGGCACGAGAUGCUGACCCUGGAGCCCCUGCACACGCUGCUGCACAUGAAGUGGAAGAAGUUUGCCAAGUACAUGUUCUUCCUGUCCUUCUGCUUUUACUUCUUCUACAACAUCACCCUGACUCUCAUCUCGUACUACCGCCCCCGGGAGGAGGAGGCCCUCCCACAUCCCUUGGCCCUGACGCACAAGAUGGGGUGGCUGCAGCUCUUGGGGAGGAUGUUCGUGCUCAUCUGGGCCAUGUGCAUCUCUGUGAAAGAGGGCAUUGCAAUCUUCCUGCUGAGACCCUCGGAUCUGCAGUCCAUCCUCUCAGAUGCCUGGUUCCACUUUGUCUUUUUUUUCCAGGCUGUGCUUGUGAUACUGUCUGUCUUCUUGUACUUGUUUGCCUACAAAGAGUACCUUGCCUGCCUCGUGCUGGCCAUGGCCCUGGGCUGGGCGAACAUGCUGUACUACACGCGGGGGUUCCAGUCCAUGGGCAUGUACAGCGUCAUGAUCCAGAAGGUCAUUUUGCACGAUGUUCUGAAGUUCUUGUUUGUAUAUAUCGUGUUCUUACUUGGAUUUGGAGUAGCCCUGGCCUCGCUGAUCGAGAAGUGUCCCAGCGACAAAAAGGACUGCAGCUCCUACGGCAGCUUCAGUGAGGCGGUGCUGGAACUCUUCAAGCUCACCAUAGGCCUGGGCGACCUGAACAUCCAGCAGAACUCCAAGUACCCCAUCCUCUUUCUGUUCCUGCUCAUCACCUAUGUCAUCCUCACCUUCGUCCUCCUGCUCAACAUGCUCAUUGCCCUCAUGGGAGAGACGGUGGAGAACGUCUCCAAGGAGAGCGAGCGAAUCUGGCGCCUACAGAGAGCCAGGACAAUCUUGGAGUUUGAGAAGAUGUUGCCAGAGUGGCUGAGGAGCAGGUUCAGGAUGGGGGAGCUAUGCAGAGUCGCCGAGGGGGAUUUCCGGCUGUGCUUGCGGAUCAACGAGGUGAAGUGGACUGAAUGGAAGACACACGUCUCCUUCCUUAAUGAAGAUCCCGGGCCUGUAAGACGGACAGAUUUCAACAAAAUCCAAGAUUCUUCCAGGAGCAACAGCAAAACCACUCUCAAUGCAUUUGAAGAAAUGGAUGAAUUCCCGGAAACUUCAGUGUAGCAGCAGAAGCCAGGGCUGGCGUGAGCAUGGGCUGUCUGGCGCUGCGGGCUGAGUCCUGGCCUCUGUGCUGAGGGGCUUUGUGGAGUGGCUCUGCCAGCCUCGAAGCAGAAAGCACCCUCAUGCUGAGCUGAGGGUGUCUGAACUGAGAGGCAGCUGUCCGUUUGUCUGAGUGGCAGGCACUCUAGGAUCUUGUUAUUCGUCAAAGAGUUUGUGUAAACCCAAGGCCAGCAGUCUUGGAGCCUGGAAGUCUCCCAAGGUCCUGGGUGAAGUCUCUGGUUUUAGCAGCUGCCAGUCGGCUUGGCUGGGAGAGAUGGGUGGUGGGGAAGAGGGGGCAGGGGCCUGAGGAGCAGGGGGGAGUCUUUCCUCCUGCCAGCAUCUCCCCGCCACCCCUGACCCCAGCCCGCACAUUCCGCCAUCUCUCUUACUGAGACUGGGUUGCCUGGGUUUGUGGGAGACUCUUGAUCCCACCCGAGAAUGAGCAGGGGACUGAGCUAAGCCUGACGUCCUGGGGGAGGAGGGGAGGGAGCCACGGAAAUGCCCUUCUGGAACCUGCCAGGAACAGGAAACCAUCCUUGCGAUGAGAGCCCUCGGCACCCCAAGGCUCAAACUGUCAAGAGAUGUUUUAGUAGUAUUAACGAACACAGGGUUUUAGUUUUCAACAUAGAAAACACAUUUCAAUUAAGAAUGACAGUGACUACAGAUGAAGUAUGUGAUUUUAAAAGCUGAGACAUAGAUGCUGGGCUUUUGGGCUGGCCGUGUACUUGGCCUCAGGGUGGCCAGAGCGAGACAAAAAGCUUUUCUUCACACACACAAAAGUCCACAGGAGCCACGCCAGGCAGGCCCUGCUGGGCCGCUGCGAUCUGGGUGAAAGGGCUUGGCUCGUGUCCUCGUCCUGGCCGCCCAGGGGUUCACGCCUCUGAGCUGGGAGCAGCAAGGCCUCAGCUGAAGCAGAAAUAGCAGCCGCUCUACCCACACGGCCUCGCGUCUCAGAGGUUGCUAGAAUACCUCAGCAUUCCUCGGAGGAGGGGAAAUGGAACGAAGUGGCGGCAGUGUCUUGGCACGAAGCAUUUUUGUUAACUGUGAAUCUUGGAGCUGAGGAGGAAGCUUGUGAGAGAGGAGCGUUUGCCAAGACUCGGGGCUUAUUUUUAGGUCCUCAUCCUCUGAUGCUGCUCUUGUCCCAAAAUGACACAGAGUCAAGUUUGGGGGCAAAGGUAAAGUGGGGAUGGAAGGAAUUUUCCAGGUGACCGGGGCCUACACGACCAGAAAAUCUACUCUGCGUAUGUUAUCCGGUGAAAGGACUCAGGUGGGAAUUUUUGAGGAAGAAUUAUCAAAAUGGUAACCAUGGACUUUGAUUUGGAAUGGUGCAAAUAGGAAUUUGGUCUUUAGAUGACUUGGUGAUUGGCUGGUUAACCUGACUUGAGGCAAACGGAGGAGCCCAGGCCUGGAAGUUCUCUCUGGGCCCAUCUCUCCGCUCUGGGGUGCUCCGUGUUCCAGCCUGGCUUGGGGGUGCAGAGGCUUGGCCUGUGAUGGGCCUGGCUUGGGAGAGGGGGGCUGGGCAGAAGAUGCAGCGUGGGGGACUUUGCAAUCUGCAAUGGCCCCCAUGCACCUGCUGACCCAGCAAGUCCACACCUGCUCUGAGCCAUCGGGGUCAGACCAAGCUCUGAGGGGCGAGGGGCCAGGCUUGUGUCUCUGGAGCAAGAUUUGAGGGGGAUUCUUGUGAGGGCAGAAGGAGCAGAUGUGUUCCAGAUGGGGAGACCUCGUUAAAGAACUUAAGAAGGAUUUUGGCUCAAUUCAGUUCAGCAGCUGCUCCUUAUAAUGGAGAUGUUUAAGCAGAAGCUGGUCUAGCACUUAUGAAGGCUGUUGUUGAAGAUGGUACCUGGAUGAACUUCAAGGUCCCCUUUAGCUUGGAGAGUCUACAAUUCAGCAUUCCCUAUCUGGAGUUUCCUACUCAAAUUUACCCUGAGCAGAUGUCCUGGUUUGAGGGGCAACCAUUUGGAUCCGUGGUGCCACACUCUGUACUACAGAGCUGGGAAUUACAGAAUUGCUUUGACUUGGAUAUGAAUGCAUAGAGCCAUACGGCUCUCCAUUUCUCGCUUGGAAAAGAGCUGGGUGGUUGGGCAAAUAGAAAUCAAUGACGGGAUCUUUGCCUUCUCACACGAUAUGGAGAGCUGCUCUCUGUGGAUCUGGAUGGAAUUGUUGGCAAGAACAUUGUCUGUCCCGGUUAUUCUUCCCAACAGCGGCAUCCCCAAAAGGCUUUCGGCUCAGAAGGUCUGAGCCUAGGUAGGUUCACCAAGGCAAACGGAGGCAACGAGUCAAAAAGCAUCAGAAUCAAAAGGACCACUUUCUUCACUUUACACCUGGAAACUAGUGCUCUGAGAGGACUGUGUACAGCUUCAAAGUCACCCAGGAAGUCAUAGCAGAGCUGCUGAAGCUGGAGUGUCCUGAUUCUUGGACCACAGAUAUCCUCCUGCACCAUUAUUUGUUUUUAAGCACAGUUCUUCAGUAAAUUUGAGUCUAUCUGUGUGGUUGGCACAGGUCAAGGGGUAGGACGUUUUGCUCAGAUGACUCAUCUGACAGCCAACAUUGUCCCUGUGAUCCUUCUGAUGGGUUUAAAAUUCAAAUGUGCAUGUAGGUAUGCACAAAACCACACACACACACACACACACACAUACAGACACACACACA